GCGGGCACCGCGUCAUCUGGCAAGGCAGUGGGCACCGAGUCACCAGGCACAACAGUGGGCUCCGAGUCAACUGGCAUGACCGCGGGCACUGGGUCAGACAUUGGAUCGUCUGACCCGACAGCGGGCAUCGGGUCACCAGGCAUCAGGUCAUUUGGCUCGACAGCGGGCACCGCGUCAUCUGGCAAGGCAGUAGGCACCGAGUCACCAGGCACAACAGUGGGCUCUGAGUCAAUUGGCACGACAGCGGGCACCGGGUCAUCUGGCGCUGGAUCGUCUGGCUCGACAGCGAGCAUCGGGUCACCAGGCAUGACAGCGGGCACUGGUUCAUCAGGCAUUGGAUCGUCUGGCUCGACAGCAGGCAUCGGGUCACCAGGCAUGACAGUGGGCACUGGGUCAUCAGGUAACGGAUCGUCUGGCUCAACAGCGGGCACUGGGUCAUCAGGCGUGAUAGGAUCAUCAGGCUGGAUCAGCUGGGUACAGGCAUCAGGCUGAAGUGCGGGUGCCGAGGCACC